AUGGACACGCUUCGCCACUUCUGGGCCGGCUCGCGGCUGCUCGCAGCGAACGUGAAAGCGGCGUCGAUGCUGCUGAGGAAGAAGAUAGCAGGCCAGAACCUCACGCGAAGAGAGCGACGCCUUCUCACCCAGACCACCGUGGACUUGUUCCGUCUGGUCCCGUUCCUGGCCAUCGUCGUCAUCCCGUUCGCCGAGCUCCUGCUUCCGGUCCUCCUGGCCGUCUUCCCCAACAUGCUCCCCUCCACCUUCGAGGACAAGAUCAAGAAGUUGAACUUGACGCUCACCCGCUACACCCAACGCCAGGAGGAAGCAAGGCGCAAGGCGGUGCAGCUGAAGCUGGAGAUGGCCAAGUUCCUGGAGGACGCCCUCUACCUGCGCUCGCUCCAGAUCUCGCACGACACGCCGUCGGCAGCCACCUUUGCGGAGGCCAUGAAGAAGGUCAAGGAGGGCCAGAGCCUCGAGACGAAGGAGAUCCUGGGGCUGUCGAAGCUGUUCGAGGACAAGUUCACUCUGGAGAUGCUCGACAGGCAGCAGGUGGUCGCCAUGUGCAAGUACAUGGGCCUCUCUCGCUUCGGCACGACGCACUACCUCCGCAAUCAGCUGCGCAGCAAGCUCCACGAUAUUCGCGAGGAUGACGACCUGAUCGCGCAAGAAGCGGCUCUGGACAAGUUCACCGAGGCCGAAAUGAAGCAGGCAACGCAGGUGCGCGGCAUGGACUACAAAGACUUCAACACGGCACGCUCCAUUCGCCACAUUGGGAGGGAGCUCAUGCGUUUGUGUUUCCUAGCCAAGGCACAGAUGGAACAGUGGCUGCUGCUGUCAGCGCAGCAUGUCCCGCCGUCACUGCUCAUUUUGUCUCGGGCCUUUGCACUUACGUCUGCCUACUCGUCACUUAAGCCGCUCGAGGGCCAGCAAGUGGUGACGAAGAAGGCGGAGACAGGCGAGAUCGCUCUGCCCAAGGCCAUGGAGGAGGCGCUGCACAAGACCAUCUCGGCGCUGCCCGACCAGCUCGUGGCCGACACGAAGCUCACCUCGGCCACCAAGACCACGCAGGACAUGGUGUCCAAGCUCGAGGUCCUCCAGGAGCAGAUCCAGGCCAUCAAGACCGAGGAGAAAGAGAAGAAGGAGAAGGAAAGAGAGGAGAAGGCCAAGGCCCCGGCGACGGAGGCGGAGGCGAAGCAGGCGACGAAGAAGGACGCCGCGGGCGCGUACUCGGCCGAGCAGAUGAAGGUGGUCAGCGAAGCCGUGUCGCUGCUGUUCGCCUCGGCGCCAUCGAAGAUCAAGAGGGAGCGGGAGGCGCUGGAGCAGCUCAAGGAGCGCAAGGAGGAGCGCAAGGAGGAACGCGAAGAGGAGCUGAGCGCCGCAUCGGCGUCGACCGAUCAGCCGCAGCACCAGCCGCAGCCCCCGCCGCAGGACAAGGUGGUCCACACCCUCGAGACCAAGCUGGAGAAGAUGAUUGCCAAGCUGGACAAGGAGAUGGACAAGAUCGACCAGCGCGCCCACACUCUCAUGUCCAUCAUCGACACCAACCAAGACGGUCAAAUAUCGUUCGAAGAGUUCCAAGAAGCUGUGUCGCACCUGAAGGCCAAGUACAGUCCCGAGGACAUCACGACGAUGUGGCGGAAGCUCGACACCAACAACGAUGGCCAGGUGUCGCUCGAGCAACUCGAGCAGCUCUAUUCUGCCGGUGCCGAUGAACACCACGAACGCUGA